AUGCCCGGACUGGCCGAAGCAGCUGCUUCCGUCGGAGUUCAGGAAGGUGUCCCCUGGGCCGAGGUGACAGGAGUGCAGGCGUGCAUUGUGGAUCUUUGGAACGGAUUGCUUUCGUGGGAAAUCUGGGCGGAGUUUGCAUCCUACAAGAUUAUCAAUUUUGCCCCCAGUUUACUUCGGAUCAUAGUCUCUGACCAUGUGGAAUUCCCAGUGCGCCAGGCAGCUGCCAUUUACUUGAAGAACAUGGUGACACAGUACUGGCCGGACAGAGAACCUCCCCCGGGAGAAGCAAUAUUUCCAUUCAACAUUCAUGAAAAUGAUCGCCAGCAAAUACGUGAUAACAUUGUGGAAGGAAUAAUUCGGUCUCCAGAUUUAGUGAGAGUCCAGUUAACAAUGUGUCUCCGUGCCAUCAUUAAAUGCGAUUUCCCCGGUCACUGGCCAGCAGUAGUCGACAAGAUAGACUAUUACUUGCAGUCACAGAGCAGCGGAAGCUGGCUUGGCAGUUUAUUAUGUCUGUAUCAACUGGUGAAGACAUAUGAAUAUAAGAAAGCAGAGGAAAGAGAGCCUCUUAUAGCAGCAAUGCAAAUAUUUCUGCCUCGUAUUCAACAUCAAAUCAUGCAGCUCCUUCCCGAUUCCUCACAUUAUUCUGUGUUACUACAGAAACAGAUUUUGAAAAUCUUUUAUGCACUUGUUCAGUAUGCAUUGCCUCUUCAGCUGGUGAAUAACCAAACCAUGACAACGUGGAUGGAGAUCUUUCGAGCUAUUAUUGACAGGACAGUUCCCCCUGAGACUAUGCAAAUUGAUGAGGAUGAUCGACCAGAACUAGUCUGGUGGAAGUGUAAGAAGUGGGCGCUGCAUAUUGUAGCUCGCCUUUUUGAACGAUAUGGAAGCCCAGGAAAUGUCACAAAAGAAUACUUUGAAUUUUCUGAAUUCUUUUUGAAAACCUAUGCAGUGGGAAUUCAGCAGGUACUACUAAAAAUUUUAGACCAAUAUAGACAGAAAGAGUACAUCGCUCCUCGGGUUCUUCAGCAAGCAUUCAACUAUCUCAACCAAGGGGUUGUUCACUCUGUAACGUGGAAGCAGAUGAAGCCACACAUACAGAAUAUCUCUGAAGAUGUGAUUUUUUCUGUGAUGUGUUAUAAAGAUGAGGAUGAGGAGCUGUGGCAAGAAGAUCCCUAUGAGUACAUAAGGAUGAAAUUCGACAUUUUUGAAGAUUAUGCAUCUCCUACCACAGCAGCCCAGACUCUCUUAUAUACUGCUGCAAAGAAAAGAAAAGAGGUCUUGCCAAAAAUGAUGGCAUUCUGUUAUCAAAUCCUAACAGACCCAAACUUUGACCCGAGGAAGAAAGAUGGAGCCCUGCAUGUGAUUGGUUCCCUAGCUGAUAUUUUAUUGAAGAAGAGUUUAUUCAAGGAUCAAAUGGAGUUGUUGCUGCAGAAUCAUGUAUUUCCAUUAUUAUUGUCUAAUCUGGGAUAUCUUCGAGCUAGAUCCUGUUGGGUACUUCAUGCAUUUAGUUCUUUGAAGUUUCAUAAUGAGCUCAAUCUAAGAAAUGCACUUGAACUAGCAAAGAAGAGCUUGAUUGAAGAUAAGGAGAUGCCCGUCAAAGUUGAAGCUGCCCUUGCUCUUCAGUCAUUAAUUUCUAACCAGACACAAGCUAAGGAGUAUAUGAAGCCACAUGUGAGGCCUAUUAUGCAGGAGCUGUUGCACAUUGUUAGAGAGACAGAAAAUGAUGAUGUGACGAAUGUUAUCCAGAAGAUGAUAUGUGAAUACAGUCAAGAAAUAGCCUCCAUUGCUGUCGAUAUGACCCAACACUUGGCAGAGAUAUUUGGCAAAGUUCUUCAAAGUGAUGAAUAUGAAGAAGUUGAAGACAAAACAGUAAUGGCUAUGGGAAUUUUACAUACCAUUGAUACUAUCUUGACAGUUGUUGAAGAUCAUAAAGAGGUUACUCAGCAGUUAGAGAACAUCUGUCUACGGAUCAUUGAUCUUGUUUUACAGAAACAUAUAAUUGAAUUCUAUGAAGAAAUUCUUUCCCUGGCAUAUAGUUUAACCUGCCGUGGUAUUUCCCCUCAAAUGUGGCAGCUUCUAGCUAUAUUAUAUGAGGUUUUUCAAACUGGGAUUUUGAAUUUUUUUCCAGACAUGAUGCCACUCCUGCAUAAUUAUGUGACAAUAGAUACAAAUACUUUACUGUCAAAUCCAAAGCAUUUAGAAAUACUUUUCACCAUGUGUAGAAAGGUACUAUAUGGAGAUGCAGGAGAAGAUGCAGAGUGUCAUGCAGCCAAACUGCUUGAAGUCAUCAUUCUUCAGUGCAAAGGAAGGGGAAUCGAUCAGUGCAUUCCCCUUUUUGUUCAGCUUGUUUUGGAGAGAUUAACCCGAGGGGUCAAAACCAGCGAGCUCCGGACUAUGUGUCUUCAGGUUGCGAUUGCUGCCUUGUACUACAACCCCGAUUUGCUGCUACAUACCCUAGAGAGAAUUCAGUUGCCUCAUAACCCUGGACCUAUAACUGUACAGUUUAUAAAUCAGUGGAUGAAUGAUACAGAUUGUUUUCUUGGGCAUCAUGACCGGAAGAUGUGUAUAAUAGGACUGAGUAUCCUCUUGGAAUUGCAGAAUCGACCUCCUGCAGUAGACGCUGUGGUGGCACAGAUUGUGCCCUCAGCUCUCUUCCUUUUCCUUGGCCUGAAGCAGGUCUGUGCUACCAGACAACUGGGAAACCAAGGAGAUCGCUUAAAAGCAAAGAAAACUGAUAUGGAAGAAAAUGAGGAGAUUUCAAGUGAUGAAGAGGAAGCGAAUAUAACUGCACAAGCCAUGCAGUCUAAGAAUGGCCGAGGUGAAGAAGAGGAGGAAGAUGAUGACGACUGGGAUGAAGAAGUCUUAGAGGAAACUGCCCUUGAGGGAUUCAGCACUCCACUUGACCUUGACAAUAGUGUGGAUGAAUAUCAAUUUUUUACCCAAGCUCUGCUGGCGGUGCAGAAUCGGGACGCUGCCUGGUACCAACUGCUGAUGGCCCCGCUCAGUGAGGACCAGAGGAGAACGCUGCAGGAGGUGUACACCCUGGCAGAGCACCGGAGGACGGUGGCAGAGGCAAAGAAGAAGAUUGAACAACAGGGAGGCUUCACCUUUGAAAAUAAAGGCGUCCUCUCCGCAUUUAACUUUGGGACUAUGCCCAGCAACAACUGAAAGAUGGAACAUCCACCAAGACCAAGUGUCACCGGGAAAUUUCACUUCACCAGGGAAAUGUGCGAUCAAGGGGAGGAAGGGCUGGGAGCUGCUGUU